AUGCUGUCUAUAUAUAUAGGUGUUUACAAGGCAUUGUAUGAUUACGCUGCCCAGGCAGAAGAGGAAUUGAAUAUAAAACAAAAUGAUCUUUUAUAUUUGUUAGAAAAGUCGGAUAUUGACGAUUGGUGGAAAGUGAAGAAACGGGUCGUCGCAACUGGAGAAGAAAUUGUUGAUGAACCAUCUGGUUUAGUACCAUCAACUUAUAUUGAAGAAGCUCCUGUAAUUAAAACAGCGACUGCAUUAUAUGAUUACGAUAAACAAACGGAAGAAGAACUUUCAUUUAAUGAAAAUGACAAAUUUAAUGUCUUUGAUCUCAAUGAUCCAGAUUGGAUUUUAGUUGGUGACUUAGCAAAGGAGAAGUUUGGUUUUGUCCCAUCAAACUAUAUUCAACUUGAUUCAACAGCAGAGCCAGCACAGCAUCAACAGCAACAACCACAACAGGUUUUCCAACCACCACCACAACAACAGCAGGCUAUUCCACAGCAACAGACUCAGAUUCCUAUCAACAAUUUUCCUCCACCUCCUACACAUAAAGAUAGAACACCGGAUUUCCCUGCACCACCUGCUCAUAGGGAUAGAUCACCAGAGCAUCCACCUCCAACUCCUGAAAAGGACUAUCCUCGUAUGUUUGAACAAGAGCCAAGGUCUUUGGGUUCUAGAUACGACCGACAACCAGAGGGUAGAGAAGAGGAAGAAGAUGAAGCACCUCCACCAAUGCCAUCUAGACCAACUGGGUCAAAUAUCGUGGCACCAGAACCAGUUGUAGGUCGUUCCAACACCUAUGAACAAGAAGAGAAUGUUGAACAUAGUGAGCAUUCGUAUGAUGGAGAAUUUUUCACUUGGUACAUUGACGAGGUUGAUGGUAGAAAGAAAAGAGCAAUCAAACUUUCAAUUGGCCAAGGAUUAGUAAUCAUUAAACCAAACACUACAAACCCUAAGAAAUUGAGGAUGAGAUCUUCAUCUUCUCUUGACAACCAAUGGAGAAUCAAAGACUUGAUCACAUUUAAUAACGAGAAGAAACACGUAUUUUUAGAAUUUAAGAAUCCUGCUGCAUCAUUAGAGUUACACGCUGGAUCAAAAGAUGUCGCUGAAGCAAUAAUGGCAAUCUUGGGUGAUUUGAAAGGUGCCGAAGCUGCCCAUGGUUUGAGAGAAGUCGCUAAAGCAUCAAAGGCAAGUGCCAAUGAAAGAAACAGAAAAAUAGGUAGAUUACUUUACGAUUUCGAGGUACAGGGUGAUGAUGAAUUGGAUUGUAAAGAAGGUGACGAAGUGUAUAUCAUUGACCAAAAGAAAUCCAAAGACUGGUGGAUGGUGGAAAAUAUUGCAACUCGUCGUCAAGGUGUUGUUCCAUCAACCUAUAUUGAAAUUAUUAGUACAUCCAAUUUGGAUAAAUUGACAGAUGGUCCAUUGAGAAGAAAAUCCACGAAAUCAAAGGGAAGAGUCGUUGAAACAAAAGACAAACGCAGUUCCCAUCAUAGAACCAGAGAAGAACGUGAUAGAAUUAGAGAAAAGGAUAGAGCUCAAAGAGAUAAGGCCCCUACUUCACAAACUGAACAAGACAAGUCAAUGCCAAAUUUCCACAGAGUAAGAACUUGGAUUGAUAGUUCUGGUACGUUCAAAGUUGAAGCAGAAUUUUUAGGAUGUGUUGAAGGUAAAAUCCAUUUACAUAAGACAAAUGGUGUCAAGAUUGCAGUUGCUGCCGACAAGUUGUCAGUGGAAGAUCUUGAGUAUGUCGAAAGAGUUACUGGUACUUCUUUGGAACAAUAUAAAGAACAAGUAAUGAAACAACAAGCAAAGAGAGCAAAAUCAAAGAGCAAAUCAGGUGCUACUGCGACUCCUUCAAGUACCAACGAAACAAAAUAUGCAUCAUCGGCAACUGCAGCAAUUAAUGACAUUGCUCCACCUAAACCCACAAGACCACAAACAACAACACAAGUAUCCAAUAAUGGUGCCCCAUUGUAUGACUGGUUUGACUUUUUCCUUGAAUGUGGAGUCGACAUUGGUAAUUGUCAACGUUACACUCUCAAUUUUGAGCGUGAACAAAUGGAUGAAAAUAUUUUGGAAGACAUUUCACCAUCCUUGUUGAGAACUUUAGGGUUAAGAGAAGGAGACAUUAUACGAGUCAUGAAAUAUUUGGAUGCAAAGUUUGAUCGUAAGAAAACACCAGAAGCACCACAACAGAAUGGUGGUUUGUUUAUUGAUAAGAAUGGUAAUUUGAAAAACAACAGCUCUUCAACUGAAAUAUCCAAGGUCUCAGCCGAUGCCUUGCCAUCUCCAGUUAAGACUCAGGUCACUUCUUUUACCCCUGUUAAUGAAUCUACUCAAAAUAAUAACAAGAUUGAAGAUGACGCAUGGGCAAUGAAACCAGCUGCAAGAUCAAGUGAAGAUCUUCUCAAACCUUCUCCUCAACCACAAACUCCUCAAUACACAGGAGCUUUGUCCGAUCUUGUUAACAUCAAACCUGUUGGAACUAGCAAUGAAAACAAGGCUAAAACAGAGCAAAUACCAGUUGAACCAUCAGCACCAGCACUUCAACCAAUGAAGACUUCAAAUACUGCUGCCACCUCUUCUAUUCCUCCUCAGGGCCCUGGUGUAACUCCACAAAGAACAGGAACUUUGGUUCCCGUCCAGAAGACAGGCGGUUUAGUGCCUGUUCAAAGAACUGGUGCUGGAUUAGUGCCAGUGCAAACAGGUGGUUAUUUGCCUGCUCAACCUACAGGGUUUGUUCCAAUCACUGCUCAACCUACUGGUUUUAUUCCAAUUCAAGCUACAGGAAUUUUGCAGCCACAAUUAACAUUUGGUAUUGUUCCCUUGCAAACAGGUACAAGUACUUUCAAUGCAAAUAACAAGACUGCACCACCAAGACCAGACACGGCACCUCCUCCAAUUACCACAUUUGGACAGCAACCCACGUUCCAGCCUGCGUUUGUUCCAUUACAAACAGGUGUAAUUACCAUGCCUCAAACCACUUUUGGUGGCCAAUCCCAACAGUUGCCAACUCAAAUAACUGGUGGUGCACCACCGCAAACAUCCUUUAACCAACCAGCAUUAGUUCCAACACAAAGAACAGGCGGUCAAAUUACUGGUGGAUUUGUACCACAAUCCAAUUUUGGUAAGCAAAUUACUGGUGGAUUUAUGGACACUAAUACGUUGUCAUUUGGACAACAAAUCACUGGAAAUGCACAACAACAACCGCCACCAUCGACUUCAUUUGGACAACAAAUAACUGGAGGGUUGCCAGCAACUUCUUUUGGACAGCAAAUUACUGGAGGUUUCCCACAAACGUCAUUUGGCCAGCAAAUGACUGGUGGAGCACCACAGACUUCUUUUGGGCAGCACAUAACUGGUGGUAAUAUGCCAAAUACCUCAUUUGGCCAGCCAUUUUCUCAACAAGCUACAUCUAACCCAUUUCCUCAAAUGGCUAAUCAAUUUACACAGCAGCAACAAUAUCAACAACAACAACCAGUAAUGAACCAAUUUCAACAACAACCGCAGCAACAGCAACAACCAUUUUACAAUCAAUUUCAACUGCAACCUAAUCUUAAUCAAAUGACAAAUAUGUUUCAGAAUACUUCUAUAUCUUCUCCUGCUACGUUCAAUCAACAAAUUCCAACCACAACUUUUGGCCAACAACCUCAAUUUGAAGGAUUUGGAUCACAACCAUUACAGUCACAACCAACUGGUAUGGGCUUUGGAAAUGCACCAUUGCAAUCACAACCUACGGGGAAGAGAGCUAAUCUACAAGCAGCAACACCAGAUAAUCCCUUUGGAUUCUAG